UGUACACCUAGCACGAUUUGCUGGUGUCCAAAGAGUGCUGCAACCACGUGGGUUGGAACAGGACUCGAACGAUUUUCCCUGCACAAGGAUCUCGCCGUUUGGGGUGUUUGGCGCUUUGAAAAAUCUCGGAACCUGCUGCCGUGGUCGUGGUGGUGUAGAGCGCAAGGGUGGCGUGCAAUUUUGUUUGUGCCGCCUUCUGUCCUGGUGCAACGAACGAGCAGCCCUCAACAGCAACAUAAUGCAGUUACGCAGAGUUACCGAAGCGUCGUGGGCGUCGGCCAUCGCGUUGACGAUCCUGCUGCUGGUUUUCGCCUCUACAAUCGACACAACAUCCGCCCUCAGUUACCGAGGCUACAAACAGGAGAUGAAGGAACAGCCCGACGAUGUACUGAUUGAUCUCAUUGCACGAUACGGUCACACGAUGCUAAGAGCCAAAGAUGAGCUAGAGAACUCCAAACGAACGGUAGACUUCGGACUGUCACGCGGCUAUUCAGGCGCCCAGGAAGCGAAACACCGAAUGGCCAUGGCGGUCGCCAACUUUGCCGGCGGCCCUGGGCGGAAACGAAGGUUCGAAGGAAUCAUGCUGUAAAUUACUGACCACCGAUGCGAGCCGAACCACCAUUCCUGUCAUGUUAUCAUGAAUUCACGUGCAAUACACGACCACAGUGUGUAACGAGAUGCAAAAUCGACGAAAAUGAGCCUCACAACACAAUCAAUUCGAGCAAUACAACCGCUUUUUGUCUUCUGUCUAUUGUUGAACGUAGAGUUUAAAAUAAAUUAAAGCCAGUUUUGAUAGAAAUGUAUCAAUGAUGAUGUA